GCAAACAACCCAUCCGAUUUGUACAAAGAACUGCAGAAAAGCCGUGCCGAAGGUAAAGAGCUCAAAAAAUCGACGGCAAAAGGAGCUCUCAGAGCGCGAACAACGAAGAAUGAUGAGGAAGAAGACAGUAUGCAAGACAUAUCUUACGAUCAGUUGGCCGAAAAUAUGAAAGAAGAGCACGGAUUGGCUCUCAAAAAAACAGUCUUUCAAAAUAUGCGAGCCGAGGAAAGCAUCAUUAAUAUGGGUUUGGAUUCGGAGCAGGAGAAAAUGCGCGCAUUUCUAAGCACUCUCAGCGAAAAGGAACAACGAAAAUUGAUGAAGAAAUUGCUGUCAGGAACAGGUGGUAAACGUCACAAGAAAUCGAAAAAAGAGUUGAAAGAAGGAAAAAUCAAAAAGAAUUCGAAAUCGGAGAAGAAGAAAAGGAAAGAAAGCAAGGCUAAGAAGGAUUCAAAGAACGAGAAGAAAAAGAAACACCGAAAACAUACGAGCAGUUAG